CUUUUCAAAUCAGGAACCUCGACUUUGGAGGGUCGCACGGGCACGGUUGGCAGUCGGGAAUUACUGCGCGCUUCUGCUUUAUACAGGCUACCCAUGAAGGAGUACAUCGUCUUCUUGGCGAAAUGGACCUUUACGGAUCGUCCAAUUACUAACACCCGUGCAUCUGGGCCAACGCGAUUCCAUAAGCAGCCCUUACCAAGGACCCCAUUCCCAACUUGCCUCUACUCCUUCACUGCCAAGGCGGAUAGCCGCGUCAGGGUUGAGUCCAUCACACUGUCCUACUGUCCAACGGUUAUCACACCAGCUCCCGCACCUUGUCAUAAUACGAGCGGACAGAGCGAAUUGACACACGGGAAGGCGCUUUGCGAGCACCAGACGUCAUUUAGCUCCAGUCCUAAAUUUCUGGGCUCUCAUAGCACGGCCUUUGUCGAGCUCGCACCUUGCCUCCCACAACGCAAGAUCCUGGGUCACGUCACUUCCCUGCUCACUACUUGUCAACCCAGGCCAUCGGCCCUGGUGUACCGCCAUCUGAGGAAGAUUCAAGCUCCUUUGUACUCCACGUUAGGUGAGAGGGAAAUGUAAGCUUACCGAACUCUGGGUCUGCCGUGCUGCACUGUGGCAUAAGCUUUCUUCAGUCCUACAACCGUCGUUCCUAUUCCCACUUCAAGUUCUACGAUGGCAAGCAUGUCAUGGGCCCCUUGAACACCGACACCUCGCCUAGACGCUGUGCUCCGUACCACGCCCACAGAUCCACGCACGACAUCCUGGCCUCGCCAUCAUAUCAAUGGCCAUUUUCGGGACACUUA